AUGGUUUCUGUCACACUUUUGGAGAAAAAUACAUCAUGGACAGUUUGUUUUUUAGCAGUAUGCUUUGGCAUCGGUUCGUGGGUUGCAACCAACAGUAUUUGGGUAGAAUUGCCAAUCAUGGUCAAUUGUUUACCGGAAAGUUGGAACUUGGCCUCCUACAUAACAGUCAUCAUCCAAAUCGCUAAUCUAGCUCCUUUAACGUAUUCUCUGUUAAAGCAUUGGAAACCUAACGUAGUGAAAGAAGUGCCAGCAAUCUAUGUAGUAUUAGUGACUGGAACUGCUUCUUGUCUAUUACUAGCUUUUUUUUGGCGUUCAAUUGCAAUAGUUGGUGGUGAACCACAUAGUAUUGGACUGUUAAUCCUUGGUUUUACCCUGGCCAUGACUGAUUGCACUUCAUCGGUGACAUAUUUACCAUUUAUGGCCACUUUUCGCGAAGUAUACAUGCCUGCUUACUUAGUUGGUGAAGGACUUAGUGGUUUAUUGCCUGGGUUAGUUGCACUUGGUCAGGGAGCUAGAAAUGGGGCUGGUUGUUUUAAUCAAAAUAUUUCUGUCGCUACCGUUGCAACAACUAUGCAUCCCACUACUGGCCCCUCAAUAACUACAGCAGCAAAUUUCACACCAGAAACAUUUUGGUUUAUUUUAUUUGGAUUAACUAUUGCAUCUGCUUUGGCUUUUAUCGCUAUGAAUUAUCUUCCUUUAGCGAAGAAGCACUACGUCAUUCCUAAUACGUAUGAAAAAACUGAAGAUAAUAAAAUAGACGGUAGUGAAUUAGCUUGCAAUAAUAAAUCGGGUUGUCGUGAUGAAGCUGCUUCGGAUAUGCUGUGUCACAUCGUACGUAACAAGUACAACAUUAUAGAGAGUGGAUAUCCAGCGUGGGUCAACGGAUUAAGUAAUGGAGUCAUCCCGUCCAUUCAGUCGUACGCUACUUUACCUUAUGGUGGUACUGCAUUUCAUCUAACUGUCACUUUAUACUCUAUUGCUAAUCCUUUAACUUCAUUUGCCUACUUCUGGCUGCCCUGUUAUAAUCGUGUCGUAAUUGCAAUAUUAACCCUACUUUCUACGGUUUGCGGCAUCGUGAUUAUCGUUUUUGCAGCUAUGAGCCCAUCGCCUCCCUUACUUGGCACAAGCGGUGGAUCUGCCUUGACGGUUAUAAUAAAUGUUGGUUUUGGCGUUUUGGUGACUUAUGUUAAAGUUGCCAUUAUAUAUCUAUUACGAUUACAAGGCCGACGGGCUUUAUUUUGGUGUGGCGUAUCACAGCAAGUUGGAUCUUGUAUUGGAGCUUUGAUAAUGUUUCCAAUUGUUAGUAUUUUUAGACUAUUUCAGUCGUGUUAAAUUUAUGCACGUAUUUAAUGUUGAAUAAGAUCCUGUAACUAUACUUGUGUAUUUAUUAGAAAUCUUACAUUUACUGCUAAUUUAUAUAAUAACCAAUGCAUAAUUGAACAAUAGCUUUCAUGUUAUUGUUACGCGUACAUCUUGGAACUUUUUAUUAUUAUAUGAAUUUGAGCAAUCUUCAAGGAAUGUGCAAGUGAAUUCCGCGUCUGCCAUCUUUGACAGCUCAUCACGAUUGAGGAUGAUCAAAUGAGAAUUAUAUUCACCAGCCAGUUAAUAUGUGCGCGAAUAAAAUG